AUGGGAGGAUAUAAUAGCAAACUUAUAGUAUCAAAAGAUGAUUCAAAUCACACGGACAGGGUGAAUAUAGUUGAUACAAACGAGAAUUUUAAAUCGACGGACGGCUAUCGAGUGGAUGAAAAACUGGUCAGUGCUCGUCAGUGUAUGAAAAUGGACUUACAAAAUCCCUCGGACUCUGUCAUACCAAGCAGGGGUGAGAUAAUGAUCGUAUUGUAUGAUUUUGCUGAAUCAAUGAGCUCUCAAAUCAGCAUAAAGAGGGGUGAGUUAGUUCGCCUUCUAAGUUACAGUCCUGCUGGAGACUGGUCUGAAGUAGAAGCUUCCCUUGUCUUACAACCAAUUUCCAAGACUGGACCUGGUAGCUCCACUUCUGGGUCAGAAAGUCAUCCAUCCCAGUGUAAAAGUGGAGCUAAUACAAAACAUAAUCAGGAGUCUGCCAGCGAAACUGGAAGUAAUGUAAAUGUUUCCUGCAUGUAUUUUUUCAAUAAUUACCGACGUGGAUGGGUGCCAACAAGCUACUUAGCCACUGCAAAUGUCUUUCAGAAUUCUGUAACCCAGAAACAAGUUUUCCCUUCUCAGCAGCUAGUUACUUGUGGUAGUUCGGAAAAAGCAAGUUGUUCAAUAAAUUCUUCCCACUUGGUCAAUCAACAAGCCGUCUUUACAAAUGACCAUAUACAGCCCAGAGUAUCGAAUGUACCUAAUAAGGGUCCACUCCAUCCCGUUAUUAUGGAUUCAUCACCCUUAAGUCUUUUGGAACCAAGCCUUCUGCCCUACACAUGGUACCAUGGUGCUGUUUCAAGACAAGCUGGAGAGCACCUUCUUCGGAGUGGUAUUACCGGCUCUUUUCUUGUCAGAGCAUCAGAAUCUGCACCUGGUCAACUUUCCGUUACUGUACGUCAUUUAGGAAGAGUAUAUCAUUAUCGGAUUAGCCAAGACAGCAGGGGAAUGUUUUAUAUAACAGAAGCUCAUCGAUUUCCAAAUGUUGUACAAUUAAUUGAGCAUCAUUCUCGUUCUGCUGAUGGAUUAGUUUGCCCACUUCUUUAUCCUGUCCCGAAACCACAAUUUUUAAGUCAACCUAUGCAACAAUCGUGUUAUUCAUCUGUCCCACAAACACUGUCCAAUUCACGAGUACCUGGUCAGAAUCAAUUUGAAGCGAAUUCUAUUUCACCUCAAUCGAAUAAUGAAAUGUCCAACUUCCCUGUACAUCAUCAUAUAAAUGCUGUACAACAUGUACCUAAACCGUUUCAUUCAGGUCAUGUAAAUAAUUCUGAAAGAUUAAGUGCUUGCAGUGAUUCUAUUGGUAGUAUGGAAUUUGAUGGAUGGGAAAUUGAUCGGUCGGAGAUUAUUAUGCGUCAAAAGUUGGGCUGUGGUCAAUAUGGUGAUGUGUAUGAAGCUGUAUGGAAGCGUUUCAAUUCUGUUGUUGCAGUGAAAACACUGAAACAAGAUGUCAAUCUGAAUGUAAAUGAUUUCCUUAAAGAAGCGGCUAUUAUGAAGAAAUUACGCAACAGAAACUUGGUACAAUUAUUGGGUGUAUGUACACGAGAACCACCACUUUACUUAAUCACUGAAUAUAUGCCAAAUGGGAAUUUACUAAAUUAUCUACGCACACGUAGUCCAGGUGAAUUAACUCCACUUACUUUAUUGUAUAUGGCUGUACAAAUUGCCUCUGGUAUGGCAUAUUUAGAAGCUAAUAACUUUAUUCACAGGGAUUUGGCUGCAAGAAACUGUCUGGUUGGUGAGCGACACUUGAUUAAAGUAGCUGAUUUUGGCCUUGCUCGAUAUAUGCAACGUCAAGACACAUACACUGCUAGAAAUGGUGCCAAAUUCCCAAUUAAAUGGACUGCUCCUGAAGGCCUUUCUUAUUAUAUUUUCUCAUCAAAAUCUGAUGUAUGGGCUUUUGGUGUUGUUUUAUGGGAACUUGCUACAUAUGGUCUUUCGCCUUAUCCAGGAGUUGAACUGCAUGAUGUUUAUCAUCUUUUAGAAAAAGGCUACAGAAUGGAACGACCACAUGGAUGUCCAGAAGCAGUCUAUUCUAUUAUGUUAAGAUGCUGGGCUUGGGAUCCAAAUUUACGACCAUCAUUCAGUGAAAUACACGCGGAACUUGAACAGAUGUAUGCAACUAUGAAUAUUGAAGCAGAAGUUGCUAUGGAAUUAGAGAAACAACAAACUGGUAAUUUUAUACCACAAGCACCACCACCACCACAGCAACAUCAACAACAACAUCAACAAUCUACUGGUUCACAUAGAUUUACAGAUAUUCAUCAAUCACAUGAUUUUCAAGGGAAUUCAAUCAAUCAACAAAUGAUAAAUGUUGGUGGUGGUUUUAAAGAAUCAUCAUUCGCAGAAAAUAUGACCUCUGAUCAGCAUCAACAUCAGCAACAUCCUCAUCAUUCUCAGAUGUUAUUCAAACAGAUGAAUUCUAUUCCGCCUAGUUGUAAUUUUGAACAGAAUUGUCAAAAUCCUGGUGUUAUAUCAUCAUCCUCGUAUGUUACAAUGAAUACAACUGGAUAUCCUAUUAAUCAGCAUCAUCAUAAUAAUAAUAUUGAUAAUAUUACUUCAUCAAGUAAUUGUAUAAAACAAGAUAAAGUGAUAUUUAUCGAUCAAAAUCGUUUGUCCAAUAAAGAGAAAACUCAAGGUGCGCCUUCUUCAUCAUCCUCUGCUGCUGCUGCUGUUGCUAGCGGUGGGGGAGUUGAUCAUUUCAAUAGUCAUAUCACUGAUGCACUAGCAAUGGUUUCACUUGAUGAUAAUGAAGAGAAGAAUAAGAAACGUUUUCUAAAUCAUGAUAUUCAUCCAAUUCAGUGUGAAAAUAAUUCUGAUUUAAAUUCAAAUCAUAUUCUUUUACCAACUAGUAAUCUUGGUCAGAUUAGAUUCUUACCAAAUUCUGUAGCCUCCUCAUGCUCUCCACAAAUGACACCAAUACUGAUUGAAUCUGGACAAAAUGGAUUCCCCACUUCUGUACAGUGUCAAACAACACAAUUUCCAAAUGGCUUGACACACAUCCAGUAUUCACCAGCUUCAUCACCUGACAAUGGAUGUCAGCCUAUUGGUGAAAAGUUGUGUUAUUUUAUCCCGGUUAGUAGUAGUAGUUCUUCAUAUCAACCGAAUUCAUCGCAUACUACCUCUACAAAUAUUAUUACAUCGAAUCUCAAUCAAUUUUCUAAUAUCAGUACAAUUUCACCUGUUUCUAAAAUAUCUCAUCCACAUAUGAUGAAUUCAACAAAAGUAAUCAAUGAUAAAUUGUCUAUUCGACCUAAUCGUUCAGUUCAUCAUCGUAAUACUACUACUACUACUACUCCUGCGAGUAAUACUCAAAAUGGCAAUCAACAGAACGGUACAACACGAAGUCAAGACACAGAUACACCAGAUGAAAGUGGUGUUGGUGAAUCGAUUAUAUCGAAUGAAUCACCAGCAGAGAGUAGAGCAUGCGGUGGUGGUGUUGGUGGCAGUAUUGGUGUUACUGGAACGAUUAACAGUGCUGCAUCAAAUUCUGUUGCAUGCAAUACACCUAGCCAAGUUGACUGGCGGUUAAAUAUGCCUUUUGAAAUACCUCUGCCAACUGAUCAUCCUUCACAUCAUCAGUUUAAUGCACCAGUUAUUGUGUCUCACUCGAAUGGUAUCCAACAGCAACAACAACAGCCUUCUCAUCCACACGUUGUACUGCAUAGUUCUCAUUUCUCUACAGCUACAACUCAAUUCACUGUAAAUCCAAUGGAUCAAUUUUCGACAAUACCACCACAAGAUCGUAUAGGCAGUUAUUUGAAAAGUUUGGGUGAAUUAGAUACUAAUCGUAGGAUGGAGAUAUUUCAUUCUUAUCAAUUACAACAAAAUCAAAAUUGUCCAAAUUCAACUGAUUCAAUGAAUACUAAGAACUUGAAUCCAUCGAAUUUCUUGCAUUAUCCGCCACCACCACCACCCCCACCUCCUCCUUCUUUUCCACCUCCUCCCACAGCACAACCAACAACACUAGCGACAUCAGCAACUGGAUGCACUGUGUCAUUGCCUACAUCGACUGAUGGGGCAUCCCAAUUGAGUCUGCAUUUAAGUCCAACUAGCGAACCGUCUAAAUCAAGUAUUUCUCAGUCUCAAUUUGUUGGAAAAUUUAAUGAACAAGCCUUUCAACCGAAUGGAAUACUAGAAAAUGAAUUAAUUACAGAACGUAAUCAAUCGAAUGAUUGUUCCUUGAAUAGUAUUAGUUCACGGAAUCAUUCAAAAAAUUUCUGUGAACCAAUUAAAUCGGUUCAUAAUAAUAAUCGGGAUGAUGAUGAUGUUGAUACCUCUUCGAAAAAUAAAGAUACACCACCACAUCCUUAUACAUUUUCACAUUCAAAAGUCUCUCAUAUACGUCGACGGAAUAAACAACUCGACAUGGAACGUGGUGGUGGUAGUAGUGACUCACAUUUUGACUGUCCAAAUGGACGUCGGCAUAUAUGUGAUGAUCGAUCAGAAGAAGAAUCAAAUACAGAAGAAGUACCAAGAUCAUUCGAAGAUGAAACUUUAUCUAUUGCAUCUGAUUCACCGAAUAAUUCUCAAGAUAAUUCAUCAUCAAUUAAACCAGAUGCUUCUGCUGCUGCCGGUGCCGGUGCCGCCGCUGACCUUUCAGGUGAUGGUGACGAUGAUGUUGAUGAUGACGAAGAUGAAGAUGAUGAUGUUUAUCAAGCACCCGAUUGUUACUACUUACCUAAUCAUACUAAUCAAAAUUCACAAAAUCUUCAUCCUAAUCCUUUAUCAACUAAUCCAUCAUUGAAGUAUCUAUUUGAACAAGUUGUAGAAUUACUCAAUCAGAGUAAAAAUCUUAUUGAUAACUCUGAACAUGACAGUGGAAAUUCACAGUCUACUUAUACUAAACUAUGCCAAAGCAUAGACACUUUCAGAAUUGACUUAGAAGCUCAUAUUGUCCAAUAUAUUGAUGAUAUUAAUUCAAAUCUUGUUAAAGAUAUUUUAAUUUCAUGUGAUAAUUUAAGUAAACAAACUGCAGACUGCCUUUUGCAUUUAAAACCUACAGAGAAUAAAUAUCCACUGAAUUCGUGUUAUAAGUGUUUAAAAGACCUACACGAUUAUCUAUAUCAAUUGUUGGAUAAAUCAAAAUCUACGCCAAUCGCCACUAAUACAAGUUCAUCAGUCUCUGGUGGUGUCAAUCAAACUCAUUCCGAGGAUCAAUCUUUCAAUACAACAACUACUGCUAGUCCUACUCCUGCUCCUGCUGCUCCCACUACUACUACAACUCAUGUAUUCGGCAAGGUUUGAUCUCUCUCUCUCUCUCUCUGUACAAUAACCUCUGAUUCAAUGAAUAAUUGCAGUCGUGGUAACAUAACAAUACUGUUUUUAUGAUGCCUAUC